CCCUUCCCUCCUCCCGACACACACACGGUGUCUCCCCCUUCUGUGUCUACCCUCCACUCCAUUUCCCACAACACCAUGUCCAUCGGUUGUGCCAUCCCCGUUGAGAAGCGCGCUGAGCUUGCUCAGAACGCCGCCAAGAUUGUCGCCUCCGGCCGCGGUAUCCUCGCUGCCGACGAGAGCACUGGCACCAUUGGCAAGCGCUUCCAGAGCAUCAACGUCGAGAACACCGAGGAGAACCGCCGCGCCUACCGCGAGCUCCUCUUCACCGCUGGCGCCGAGCUGGCCGACUCCAUUGGUGGUGUCAUCAUGUUCGAGGAGACCCUCUACCAGAAGGCCGCCGAUGGUCGCUCCUUCGUGGAGAUCCUCAACGAGGCGGGCAUCAUCCCGGGCAUCAAGAUCGACACCGGUCUCGUUGAGAUCCCCGGCACCAACGGCGAGACCGUCACCCAGGGCCUCGAUGGCCUGGAGGCCCGCUGCGCCAAGUACUACCAGCAGGGUGCCCGCUUCACCAAGUGGCGCUGCGCCCUGCGCAUCGACCCGGUCACCGGUGUCCCCUCCGAGCGCUCCAUCCGCGCCAACGCCGAGACCCUGGCUCGCAUGGCCAUCAUCUCCCAGCGCAACGGCCUGGUGCCGAUCGUCGAGCCCGAGAUCCUGAUGGACGGCUCCCACGACCUGGCCCAGGCUGUCAUCGCCGCCGAGCAUGUCCUGGCCAUGACCUACUACUACCUGCACCUGCAUGGUGUCUUCCUCGAGGGGUCGCUCCUGAAGCCGAGCAUGGUCUGCGCCGGUGCCGACUGCCCGGUCUCCUACACCCCGGAGGAGGUGGCCGCCGCCACGGUGACCGUCCUCCAGCGCACCGUCCCCUCUUCGGUUGUCGGCAUCACCUUCCUGUCUGGUGGUCAGUCCGAGGAGGAUGCCACCCUGCACCUGAACGCCAUCAACCGCUUCGACGCCGAGUCCAACCGCAAGCCCUGGAAGCUGACCUUCUCGUACGGUCGCGCCCUGCAGGCCACCGUCCUCAAGACCUGGAAGGGCCAGGCCGAGAAUGUCCCCGCCGCCAAGGCCGCCCUUCUCCAGCGCGCCAAGGCCAACUCCCAGGCCUCCAUCGGCAAGUACACCGGUGGUGCCGCCAGCGCCGCCGCCAGCGAGACCCUCUACGUUCGCAACUACGUUUACUAAGGGCUUGAUUGGUGCGACCAGCGACCGUGGCACGACCCCGGGGUAAGGUGCAGUGCGGGGAGGGGGGCUCCUCUCUCUCUCUCUCUCUCCUC